UUCCUCACAAAUCAUAAACAAUCCUUGAAUCUCUCUGUACAAUGUUCAAGCUGAGUCUGAAGCCCAAAUCAAUUAGAGGUUCAAUCUCAAAAGAGGGAGGAAAGUAAAAGAAAGCCAAGAAGGAAAGGAAGAAGCCGAAAGGGAAAGGUUACCAGCAAUGAAACUUGCUGUUGCAAGAGAGGGAUCCUUAAAAAGAUGAGGAGAGAAGAACAUUGCUGUUGCAAGAAAGGGAUCCUUAAAAAGAUGAGGAGAGAAGAACGUGAGGUGGAGAUCACUCCCCAGUCUUAACUUUAAUUUGGCAGGUGGGGAGAUGUCCAUGCCCAAACUUGGAAGCAAAUCUUGGCCCACGCUUUUUUCUCAGAAACUUGUGAUAUUCCAUGGAUGAGUUAAAAGCUUAAGUAUCAUAUUUGAAUUUUGAAAUUCCUUGGAUGCAACAAGUCUGACAGUGAACAAGGUGUGAGCAGUACUUGACCCUUCUUUUUAAGCUGUGACGGUCGAAAAAGGGCGAGGGAUGAAAGCAGGGUGAAUGCCGGUCAGGAGAUGCUCUCUCACCCAUUUCAAUCAUGAACGUGGCCUGUUGUCUAUUCCCAACUACUUCUUGCCCCCCUUUCCCCAUCUCAUUAUAGGUGUCACUUGUCGUUCUCUUUCCUCUAAUUGUCAAAUAAUUUCCUAUUUUAUUUCAAAUCAUUUAUUUCGAGUUUAUUAAAAUAUUCACAAAAGUAUUCUAAGCAAUCUCUUUCUUGGAUUAUCCGACCGGCGUAUCCUUUCCGGCUUCCUCUCAUUCUACUCUCUGCGAUUUUCUUUCUCAGUUCUGCUGUGUAAAACGCACGCAGGUGUUUGGGCAAGUUUAGAGCUUUGAUUCUAUGGCCGACACUGCUUCCCAGCGUGUGAUUUACCUUCAUGGUGACCUAGACCUGAAGAUUCUCAAGGCCCGGGACCUUCCCAACAUGGAUUUAGUCACCGAGCAUGUCCGCCGUUGCUUUACUCUCUGUGACGCUUGCAAAACCCCCUCUGCCGGGAAGGAUGUCUCUACCCCCGACACUGAUGACCGCCCCGCCAGGCAUAAGCCCGGCGACAAGCGACUUGACCACCACCGCAAAAUCAUCACCAGUGACCCUUACGUUACCGUCUGCGUCCCCCAAGCCACCGUCGCACGGACACGUGUCAUCUCCAACACCCAAAACCCUUACUGGAAUGAAAACUUCUACAUCUCAUUGGCACACCCAGUCGCCAAUUUGGAGUUUCAGGUGAAGGAUAAUGACUUAUUUGGCGCCGAGGUUAUCGGAGUUGCUCGGAUUCCGGCGGAGAGGAUCGCCACCGGGGAGCACAUCAGCGGAUGGUUUCCAGUGAUUGGCGCAAAUGGGAAGCAGCCGAAGCCCACCACAGCUCUUCAGAUUGAAAUAAAGUUCACACCCUUCGAGCAGAACCCAUUCUACCGCACCGGCAUUGCCGGCGAUCCGGAGCACUUGGGUGUUCGGCACACUUAUUUUCCACUUAGGAAAGGUGGGUUGGCGACACUGUAUCAAGAUGCCCAUGUUCCUGAAGGAUUGUUACCUGACAUUGAAGUGGAUGGAGGACAGGUUUAUAGACAUGAAACGUGCUGGGAGGAUAUAUGUCAUGCCAUAGUAGAGGCUCAUCAUAUGGUAUAUAUUGUUGGUUGGUCGAUUUACCAUAAGGUGAAGCUCAUUAGAGAGCCAACUCGGCCGUUGCCCAGGGGUGGUGAUCUCACUCUUGGUGACUUGCUUAAGUAUAAGUCAGAAGAAGGGGUUCGAGUUUUGAUGUUGGUUUGGGAUGAUAGGACUUCCCAUGAUAAGUUCUUCAUCAACACGAAAGGAGUCAUGGAAACACAUGAUGAAGAAACCCGGAAGUUUUUCAAGCAUUCAUCUGUCAUCUGUGUCCUCUCUCCUCGCUAUGCUAGCAGCAAGCUUAGCUUUAUCAAACAACAGGUUGUUGGUACCAUCUUUACGCACCAUCAAAAAUGUGUGCUUGUAGAUUCCCAGGCACAUGGAAAUAAUCGGAAGAUAACUGCUUUUUUGGGAGGUAUUGACCUGUGCGAUGGUCGUUAUGAUACACCUGAGCAUCGGCUAUUUAAGGAUCUUGACACUGUAUUUAAUGAGGAUUUUCAUAAUCCUACAUUUCCUGCAGGAAGCAAGGCUCCAAGGCAACCAUGGCAUGAUUUGCAUUGCAAAAUUGAAGGGCCUGCUGCAUAUGAUGUCCUUAUAAACUUUGAGCAGCGUUGGAAAAAGGCUACAAAGUGGACAGAAUUUGGACUACAUUUGAAGAAAAUAUCUCACUGGCAUGAUGAUGCUUUGAUAAAAAUAGACCGCAUCUCAUGGAUACUUAGUCCUCCAUCUGGUUCAGAUGGUGAUGAUGUUACAUCUGUUCCGAAGGAUGAUCCUUCAUUAUGGGUUACCAAGGAAGAUGAUCCUGAAAACUGGCAUGUUCAGGUUUUUCGUUCCAUUGACUCAGGAUCACUGAAAGGAUUUCCCAAAACUGUGGAUACCGCUGAGAAUCAGAACCUUAUUUGUGCAAAAAAUCUGGUGAUAGAUAAAAGCAUCCAAACAGCAUACAUCCAGGCAAUAAGAUCUGCUCAGCAUUUCAUAUAUAUUGAAAAUCAGUAUUUCCUUGGAUCAUCAUAUGCAUGGCCAUCCUACAAAGAUGCAGGAGCUGAUAAUCUAAUCCCGAUGGAGUUGGCACUGAAAAUCGCAAGUAAAAUUAAAGCUAAGGAGAGAUUUGCUGUAUACAUUGUCAUACCAAUGUGGCCUGAAGGCGAUCCAAAAUCUAAUACUGUGCAAGAGAUACUCUUCUGGCAGGCCCAGACAAUGCAAAUGAUGUAUGAGGUUAUUGCAAAGGAACUAAAAUCCAUGCAGCUGGAGGACUCGCAUCCUCUAGACUACUUAAAUUUUUACUGCCUGGGUAACCGGGAAGGAGUGACCAAAGAAAUGUCAGAGAAAGCUAGUCCAACACCUGCAAAUGCUGAUGCGGUCUUAGCUUCAGCAAAAUUUCGGAGAUUUAUGAUUUAUGUACAUGCCAAGGGAAUGAUUGUGGACGAUGAAUAUUUGAUAAUGGGCUCUGCCAAUAUUAACCAAAGAUCUAUGGCUGGUACAAAAGACACUGAGAUAGCUAUGGGUGCGUAUCAGCGCCAUCACACUUGGGCUGAGAAGAAGAAACAUCCACAUGGCCAGGUCUAUGGAUACAGAAUGUCACUGUGGGCCGAGCAUCUGGGGAUGGUAAAUAAACUGUUCAAGGAGCCAGAGAAUUUGGAAUGUGUGAGGACUGUGAAUGAGAUGGCUGAAGAAAACUGGAAGAGAUUCACAGCUGAGGAGUUUACUCCAUUGCAGGGCCACCUUCUCAAGUAUCCUAUGCAGGUAGACGCCGAUGGGAAGGUGAGCUCCAAGCCUGGACAUGAGAAUUUCCCAGAUGUUGGCGGAUAUGCACUUGGUUGUCAUUCCACCACACUACCUGAUUCUCUAACUACAUAAGCUCUUCCUGUUUUUGUGUUCAUAUUUAAAUAUGGCAGCAGCAAAAGAAAACUGGCAGUGACAUUCUAGAGAUCCCUCUGUGUUACUGUGUUCCUUAUCGCAGAGGGGUUGGGUUGGGAUGGGAAUUAGUGCUUGUAAAUUCUGUGUUUAUCAAGUGUACACACUUUGGAUAGAUUGAUUUGUUGUGCAUAUCUUGCUCAUCCUUGUUGAGAUCUCGUAACAAUUACAGUGUGAAUACUCAUCAGUUCCCAGAC